CGGGAGGAGGCCAAGAUGGCGGCGGCCGUGGUGAGCGGUGCGCGUUGGCUGUGGAGGGGGACCGGCGUCCAGCGAGGCUGCGGCCUCCGGCAGCUGAGCCAGACCCAGAGGCCUCCUGAUUAUACCGGCUUUGUGGAGUCUUCAGAUGAGUACCGGUUCGUGGAGCGUCUCUUACCCCCUACCAGCAUCCCAAAGCCCCCGAAGCAUGAACAUUAUCCCACACCUAGUGGCUGGCAGCCUCCCAGAGACCCCCCACCCAACCUGCCCUACUUUGUGCGGCGCUCCCGGAUGCACAACGUCCCUGUCUACAGGGAUAUCACACACGGCAAUCGCCACAUGACUGUGAUCCGGAAAGUAGAAGGGGACAUAUGGGCUCUGCAGAAGGAUGUGGAAGACUUUUUGAGCCCACUCCUUGGGAAGAAACCAGUCACCCAGGUUAAUGAGGUGACAGGUACUCUGCGGGUCAAGGGCUACUUUGAUGAGCAACUUAAAGCCUGGCUUCUUGAGAAGGGCUUCUGAGCCCCACUGUGCAGCCUGUUGGCGGUGUCCCACGCAGACUGGAGGCCAAGGGACCUCAAGAGGGGGGAAUUGGACAUUGGAGCCUUUGGGGACAGGAUCCAAAAGGCUGUUCAGUGCGUGAGGCUAAAGGGCUUUAAGUGUUAGGCCUUGACUGACUAAGGGAGAAAUGGGACCCUUCCACACAAGGGUCCACUGGGAGAGAGUACUGACUGCCAUCCCUCCACUCACUGUGGCUUGUUUCUUCGGGCUUCUUUGAUCUAGUUUUUCAAAUUCCAGGGCUUAUCACCUGGUGGAAGCAGUUGCCCAACAUUGUUUGGGAGCAUUCACAGGCUAGACCCACUGGGCAUAUAUCCUUUAUCCCCAGGAUCUUCCCCAGCUCUUGGUCUAGGCCAGAUUUGGCUUGCUGGAGAUUGUGGAAACAGGGUCCUGAGGAGCAUCUUUAAGUUCCAAAAGAAAAGCACCGAAUGUCAGGUCUGUCCCAGAGAGAUUAGGAGACCCAGUCCUGGUCCCUGCUCCAUUCCAAACCAAUUGGCAUGGCCAGGUUUCCAGUGCCACAGGUUACAUGGUUUGCUUUGGCUGGCCUGGCCACAAGGGGGCGCCUGGGUGCUUCUCAGCCCAGCCCAAGGCCAUCCUCAAGGCUGCCCAUCUAGUCCAAGCGGGCCCGGGGUUUGCAGGUAGAAGGGUGGAGGCGCAGGUCCUUGACACCCUUGCCAUCCAUCCUUCCCACCCCAUAGCAACUAGCCUUCACACUCGUCCCACCGUCAGAGCCGGGGGAGCCCAAAUCCUGAAUUCCCACUCCCACCUCCCCAUCAAACUGGCUAAGGCAGUGUUUGGCUCCUGGCUACCCUACUUAUCUCUGACCUAGGGCAGAGGGUGUUGAAGCUCUCUGGGGCUCAGUUUCCCCAUAUGUAAAGUAGCCAAGCCUUUCUUGUUGAUCCUGGAGAUUCAGACCCUUCACAAGUCCGCAGCCUGGGCCAGGGAAAGGAGCCUGGCCUAGAUCCUAAACACGAGUCCCACCAGUCAUUAAUGCAAGUUUUUAUUUGGCCGUAUAUACAAUUUAAGCUAUUAAAAUUUGUACAAUAUUUACAAAUUAAAUAAUCAUCUGAAACUGUC